AUGAAAAAAUAUGGUAUUAUUAAUGAUGAUGGUGAAAGCAGUCAUGUGGAGGAGGAAAAAAUUCCAAUGACAAAACCAAUUACCAUCAAUUCAACAAAUGGAUCAAACUAUGUGAUAUCAUCAUCAUCAUCCAACAACGACUCAAACAUAGAUUUGUCAUCAUUAUCACAACUGCAACCACCACUAGAGUCUGAAGUGAGUGUUAAAAUAAAAAAAUAUUUAUUUUUUGAAGCUUCACAAAUUUCAACAAUUUUCUUUUCAAUAGCUAGUAAAGAGAAGUGA